CCCUGACCUUCGCUCCUAUGUUCCUGAUUACAUCAUUGCCCUUCACUUUAUUAAUGGCAAUGCGGGGCACAUACUCUACUCCCAUGCCGAAAAGACGGCAGAUACUUGCAGCUGUUAGAAGUCUGGGAGCUGCACAUAUAUACUGCUUUCCUGUCACAUAUCAAUAAAUGUUGGGCAAGUGCCUCAAAGAAUGAUUCAACUUAUCAACUCCUUGAUCUCUUUCCAAGUCCUUCCACGAUGGUGCAUAUAAACUUCGGCUGUUCAAUAGCAGUCUUCACGCUCGUCUCAACAGCCACAGCAGACUGUACCCGAGCCUCCCUCCUUGCAGCUUCCGAGAACUAUCUCACGGCUCAAGGCACCGGAGAUCUCCAGCCUCUCUUUGCAUCAGACUUUACAUAUCUAGAGAACAAUAAAACGAAGGACUUUAAUUCUAGCGUUCUGUCCUCUCCUUUGAAUAUAACACACAACCACACCCUCCUCGACACAAUCGCCUGCGCAACAUACACCGAACUAGUCAUCACCGACCCAAAGAAACAAUAUCUGAUCGGGACACAAAUACACUAUAUCAAUACCUCCGGCACAAGCCUACAGAUAUCCAUGAUCGACGCCAUAGUCUCCACAACAGGCGACUGGCAAUUCAACGCAACAAAGUCCCUCUCCUACAUCGAAUCCGAAGAUUGGUCACCACUCCCCACAUCCUCACAAUCCACACGUACCUAUCUCCUCUCCACAGCCGACGCAUAUCUCGAUCUCUGGGGCGCCAACAACGCUUCCGCACACGUGCCAUGGGGCACGCCAUGUGAUCGCAUGGAAGGCAGUGCUUAUACGGGGAAAGGGACGCCGACGGAUAGCUGUAAUGUGGGGAUCCCGACUACGAUCCAGUUGCCAAAUGUGGCGAGGCGGUAUGUGGUUGAUGAGGGUAUGGGGUGUGUGAGUGUGUUGUGUGUGUUUCAGUGUAUGAGGAAUGCGCCGGAUAGUCAUGAGUUCCGGGUUGUGGAUGGGAGGUUGAGGUAUGUGCAUACGAUGACGGUCAUGCGGUCUAAUGCUUGAGUGUGGGAGGGUGGCUAGGUGCUAUGUCAGCUAGGAAGGAGGUCUCGUCUGUUUUCCUUCAGUUGGAUAUUGAAGAAU